AUGCUCAGUUUAGCGUGUACUGCUAGAGAGGUUUUUUUGUGUUCUUGGGAGAGUGCAUGUGAUCAGCACAGGGCCAAUCAGCACUGUCCAGACAGAGGUCAGGGGUUCUGCAUCCUCCUAGCGAAAACUCCUACAAGCUUUAACCAGUGCUCAGCUGAACGCUGCAUUUUUUAUUACAUGACUUCUCUAACUGCUGAUGAGAAAAGGUAUUUAUCAGUUUAUAUUUACUAAAAUAAUUGCACUUCCACGUUGUGUGUGCUGGAGGAGAUGAUAUAUAAUGAAUGCAGGGUCCUGGG